GCAGCAGGAAAGUUAUUCGCAUUUUGUGAAUCGAAAAGACUUUUUCCGACCAGAGCUGCAGUGAGAGAGACAUAAAACAAAAAAGGACGGAGAAGGAGAGGGAGGCACAUUCACAGGAGGACCAUCUCUCAAACGCAUUCAAUCACCUGGACGCUCUGCAGCAGACAGACGUUCAUUCAUCAGAGACUCUGUGCCCGAUAGCAAAUAUAGUCAAACACUAAAGAGGACAUGAAGAGCGGCAAGAAAUCCUUCAUAGCUUUCAUCAAGGAGAGAAAAAUGGGGUUGAAUGACUUCAUCCAGAAGCUGGUGUCUACCCCACAUAUCUGCCAACAUGUUGAAGUAAACAACUUCCUGAAGAAUGAGGAGAAUCAAAACGAGGAUGUUGAUGAACUGAAUGAUGAACUUCCAGAACAUCCGCUGUACCUAAAUUCACGAAGUUCACUGGCUGAGGAAACUCAGAUCAAGCCAUGUGAUUUCGACUACCUCAGAAUCAUCGGCAAAGGCAGCUUUGGAAAGGUUCUGCUGGCUCGACACAAGGAGUCCGCCAAAUAUUACGCUGUCAAGGUGCUACAGAAGAAAAUCAUCAUGAAGAAGAAAGAGCAAAAGCAUAUCAUGGCUGAGCGCAGUGUGCUGAUGAAGAACAUCAAGCAUCCCUUCCUGGUGGGGCUGCACUACUCCUUCCAGACUACUGACAAGCUGUACUUUGUACUCGACUAUGUCAACGGUGGAGAGCUGUUUUACCAUCUCCAGAGAGAGAGGGUCUUCCUGGAGCCCAGAGCCAGGUUCUAUGCUGCUGAAAUUGCAAGUGCACUUGGCUACCUCCACUCCCUGCACAUUGUGUACAGGGACCUGAAGCCUGAAAACAUCCUGUUAGACUCACAGGGUCACAUUGUCCUCACAGACUUUGGCCUCUGCAAAGAAGGCCUUGAGGCCAACGGAACAACAACAACCUUCUGCGGGACACCAGAGUACUUGGCCCCCGAGGUUCUCCAGAAGCAGGCGUACGACCGCACAGUUGACUGGUGGUGUCUGGGAUCGGUGCUCUACGAGAUGCUCUAUGGACUUCCCCCGUUCUACAGUCGCAACACAGCUGAGAUGUACAACAACAUCCUGCACAAUGCUCCUGUGCUCAAGCCCAACGUGUCAAACUCAGGCAGGGAACUGCUUGAGGGGCUCCUGCAGAAGGACCGCACCAAGAGGCUGGGAGUGAAGGACGACUUUCUUGAACUCAAGUUCCAUUCCUUCUUCUCUCCAAUCAACUGGGAGGACCUGAUGGCCAAGAAGAUCACACCUCCAUUCGCCCCCUCAGUGAGCGGUCCCACAGACCUCCGACACUUUGACCCCGAGUUCACCCACCUGCCGGUGUCCUCCUCUCUGUGCAACGACACCCUGGCUGUGACCAGCAGCAUCAAGGAAGCAGCUGGGGCUUUUCCAGGCUUCUCUUAUGGCCCUCCAGCAGACCACUCCUUCAUGUGAACGCCAACAUCUCUGCCCUUCUGUCCCGGGAACUAACAAAGAGACACAAAAUACAAGCUCUGGAUUGAGAGUCUUAUCUUGUCAGAGGGACCACACCGGAGCAGCCUGUUUUGGGGGGGGGGGGGACGUUACAGAGCCCGAUAAGAGGAUCUAACUGACAAAGUGGACAUGAAUGCGAGGAUGGGCAGAUCUUGAGGGAUCUUGUGCAUUAAAAGUCUACAGAUGGGAGCUCUCAUGUUACAACACCACUGGCCCUACUCUUCUGCCGCAACCACCCAAAACUAUAAAACGUGUGCCAAGUAUGGAUGCACUCUGGGGUCAUGAAACAUCACUGUCACCGCUACUGGUGAAGUGACAUGAAGAGAAGUGCCUGAGGUUCGAAAAGGGCAGUUUGGACGGCAGCAGCGUUGGCAAGAGCCAGCUUUAUCAAAAACCAGAAAAGCAUCCCACUUGUGUGGACCUUUGGCCACGGCGCUAGCCGUUAAGGUUGAUGCCUUCAUUAAAUGUCUACAUUUGUUAAAACUGCUUUUUGUUUCAAAGUUCACCAUGCAUUGUUAUUUUCAUGUGAAUGCUCAAUUGCACUUGCGGAAACAAGGGUCAAGAAAAGUAAAACAUUCUGCUUUAAGCAUCAGCAACUUUGGAUUUGACAGAUUAAUAGCUAUAAUAAUAAUUUUUAUUUCAUAUCUCUUCUUUGAAAGAAGAAAGAAUGGCAUUUCAAUGUUUUACACUAAUAGUGAUACUUGGACCAAACAGUUAACUAUGGUAUGCUUUAACACAAUCUUUUUUUGACCGGCUUGCCCUCAAAAACUGAAGAUCAAAGUUUUACUUUACUGUGUAGAAGAAAAAACUUAUAUGUAUUUUAUUGCAAAACCAAAAGGUUUUCUAUGUUUUAGCUACAAACAUUCACUCUUUACUUUAAGAAAAGUUCGGCAUAUCAUAUAAAUUAGUUAUAAUAAAUUAGUUAUAUUUCCUGUAUGGCAAUAUAUUCUAUUUUUGGUUUUCCAACUCCUUUUCAUUUACAACCAGUGACUGUGUUAAUCUAUAUCUACUGUUUAUGAAAGUCUUCUCCGUUUGAUCAGGAGAGUGCGAUACAGAGUUCAACCAGCAAUAACAGACCCACAUCAAUGAUAGCACACACUGUAUAUCAAACUUCUUUUAAGUUGAAGUGAUUGCUGUUUUAUUGCAAACACUCCAGACGAACUAUAGAAUCUGUGGGUACACAUGUUUUUGUAUUUAUGCAUCAUGUAGAGAAGAACUGUGAAUGUCUUGUGCCUGUCCAAGGCGGCCUGAUCCAUAUUUACUGUAUGUACAUCUCUCUUUUCCCUAAACCUCUGGGUCCAUUUUCUAGAAAAUAUUCUGUUUAAAAAAAAAAAAUAAAAAUAAAACUGCUUCAUUAACUUGAAAGAACCACUAGGUGGAGCAGACGCUGGCUUUCCACUAACCGUGUGUAGUCACUGGCAUACUGCAUAAUAUGGUUCUGGAAAGUGCAAUAAAAUCUUAUGUCCAAAAGAAUAAUUAUGAUUUUAUCUCUGUAGCAGAAGUGUACGUUGUAAUUUAUGAUCUGAUAUUCAUUAAGUUAUUAAGAGAGGAUCUUCACUCAGAUAUUGUUCAUUGAGUCUCCACAUUUUAGCCGUUUGAGAGAGUGUAUUUUCAAGCCUGCUGAAAAAAUAAAACUAAGGCACACAGUUCUAGAUCACUUCUUCCAUAUUUGGAAGCAUUACUUUUCGGUUUUGUAUUUUUUAUGUAUAUUUAUUUACAUGGCACUGCUACUGUAUAAAAGAUAAUUUACAUGAUCAACUGAAAUAUUGAAUUGUGUAAUCUGUGUCAGAAAUGGCAAAUAAAUUCUCCAAAUUCAUUACA